GAAAACAGCGAGCCGCCGCCCGGCUGCGCAUAGAUGGAGCAAGCGGAGCCCGCGCGGCGCGGGCAGCAGUAAGCGGCUAAACGGCCGUACCUCACAGACUCGCCAUGGAGGAGGAGAGUAUGAAGGAGGGGAGCGAGAAGCCUCGUGGAGCACGGACAGCAGACAAGGCUGGCUGGAUCAAGAAGAGCAGUGGAGGGCUCCUGGGUUUAUGGAAAGACCGCUACCUGCUCCUCUGCCAAGCCCAGCUGCUGGUCUACGAGAAUGAGGACGAGCAGAAGUGUGUCGAGACGGUGGAACUCGGAAGCUAUGAGAAGUGCCAGGACCUUCGUGCUGUCCUCAAGCGGAAGCACCGCUUUAUCCUGCUGCGAUCCCCGGGGAACAAGGUCAGUGACAUCAAAUUCCAGGCCCCCAGUGGAGAAGAGAAGGAAUCCUGGAUCAAAGCCCUCAACGAAGGGAUCAACCGGGGCAAGAACAAGGCUUUUGAUGAGGUAAAAGUAGAUCAGACCUGUGCCCUCGAGCAUGUGACACGGAACCGGGUUCGUGGGGGUCAACGGCGCCGGCCACCAACAAGAAUCCACUUAAAGGAGGUAGCCAGUGCGGCUUCUGACGGGCUUCUGCGCCUGGACCUCGAUGUCCCAGACAGUGGACCACCAGUGUUUGCUCCUGUCAGUGAAGUGGAUGAAACUCAGCCCCAGGAGCCACCCCGGGCUCUCAUGCCUCCUGCCAAGCCUUCCCCGGUACCCGAGACUUCCAGCACUGACGACAGCAUGGAGACUCCUGCAGGAGAGAGAGCCCCAACUCCUGUCUCAGCAGGCCCCGAGGCCAAUCCUGAGAGCCCGGAGGAUGUGGAGACCCUAGCAGAGGAGGACAGUGACUUUAAGAGGCUCACUAACAGCACAUUGUCUGAGAAACUGAAGGUGAGCUGGGAGAACCCCAGUCCAGAGGAGUCUUCUGCUCUUGAGAGUGCUCAGCUGCCCAAGGUGCUCUCCUCAGAGACUCCAGAGACUGUCCCCAGGGAGAGCAAAAAGCCCCCUGCACCCCCUCCCAAGAUCCUUUCAGAGAAGAUGAAGGCCUGUAUUAGUGGGGUGGAUGCUUCUGGUCCAUCCCAGAGUUCUGAGGCCCCUGAGACCACUGCUUCAGGCCCAACACAGGUCUCUGUGAAUGGCAUGAAUGAUGGUCCUGAGUCUGCAAUGGGCACCCCUGGAACUGCUCCACAGGAGACAAGAGCAGCCCCAGCACACCCCUCCUGGGACUUGCCAUCCCAGUUUCAUCCUCGCUCCUCUUCCCUUGGGGACCUACUCAGAGACGGGCCUCGGCAUGCACAGCUGCCCAAGGAAAAGUUGUAUCGGGCCCAGCUGGAAGUGAAGGUGGCCUCGAAACAGACAGAGCAGUUGCUGAACCAGGUGCUGGGCAGCGAACCACAACCUGUGUGUGCCGAGUCAUUGCUCAGCCAGGCUGUGGAGCAGCUGAGGCAGGCUACCCAGGUCCUGCAGGAAAUGAGGGAUUUGGGAGAGCUGAACCAAGAAGCGCCUGGGCUAGUGCAGAAACGGAAGGAGCUGGUGACCCUCUACAGGAGAAGUGCACCCUAGGCCUGCCAAGCCCAAGGCACAAGCUCACCUACACGCACGUCACUGCCUAGCCUUGCUAAGAAAUGAGCUACAGCACAGGCUGUGGACACACCAUCGGAGCCGUCAAGUUUGGACAGGACUUGACGCUCCUGAUGUCCUUUCUAUUCUACCCUGGCUAGUGGUGCCAGGUAUCACCUGGCUAGCUCCCUGUUCUGGCCUCUUUUCCAGGCUCUGGGCUUAGGAUGGAGCACAUUACUCCUGUGGUCUUUGUGGUUGUUGCAAACUGCCUCAGGCCUUUGGCACAAUGCUUGGAGUUUCCGGGAUGGCAUCAUCUCGGUUCUCACCCCCAAUAGUUUACAUUCCUGACUUCUGUGGAGAGCACAGCUGAGCUGCCGGAGGCUCCCAUCUCCUGUUCAUCAGGCAGCUUCCAACCAGCCACACCCACUUGGAGUAGCUAUAGGGACCUUGGGUCCAGGCUGUAGGGUCAUCUGUCAGCUGAGUGAAAUCUGGCCCUUAGCUGGAGCCUAAAGAGGGGUAAGCGUCUGAGUGAUGGAGCCAUUUGCUCUGUGUUUCCCCGUCUGCAAACCGCGGAUCUUUCUGGCAGUAUCCCUUCCCCUUUGGAGAGCUGUCAUUAGAUGGUCAGAUCUCAAGGCUUCCAGGGGAGAAGAGGAACGGCUGCCUCCUGGUGCAGUCUCUGCUCCCAGGCCAGCUUCCAUCCAGCCUUGCACAGUUCUGAAGAUGAAAACCCUAGAGUGUGGCCUGUGUUACCAUCGGAAAAACCUGUAUGCAAUUAUCAUUAAUCAACCUUCACCGGCCUCUGCCCCCACCCCUGCCUCCUGUGCCUCCCAGAUGGGAUUUAUCUGGGUCUCUGUGGUUCUUCCUCAGCUGAGACAGCUCUGAUAGCCAGCCACCCCCUUUUCCUUCACAUGCUGGAGUCUGUGACUACAGCUCACCUCUCAGGCCCCUGGUGGGCUGCCCCUCCUUUCUUAAUGAGAGGAGUGUUUUCUCCCCUCGCCUUCCUCCCUCCCUUCUCCAUCGCCUCUGGCUCUGGGGGCUACCCUAGAGUCUUCAACCCACUGUGGCAGCCAGCAGGACUGAGGCUGGAGCCUGGGCUGGGGGCGCUGGAGGAGGAGCUCUCACCUGGGAUCUGCAUGUGCACUUUUGUUUACUGGAAGAGAAGGGAGGGUCACAGCAGCCAGUGGCCUUUCCACUCACCCUGCUCCCAGCCACCAGUUGUGCCCACGGAGGCCUGCCAGCCUGUGCAGGCUGAUGCCUUCAUUUCUGUACUGUCACUGCCUUGCUGUGGGUCGCAGUCAGUGGCAGAGUGAACUGCAAUGUCUGGCUCCUGAGCCCCCCCCCCCACUGUCAGCCUCAAGCCACACUCCUGGGGCUCCUAUGCCAGCCUGCCUGUCCCUCCAUCUCCUGUACAAGAACAAGAAUGUCUUUAGGUGUCCAGUCCUGAUUCCUUGCCAUCGUCCCUUGAGAACAAUCGCCUUCUACAGCAGCAAAAAGGCUGCUGGACUUCUGCCAAGUCACCUGCUUCCAGGAAUUAGAGCCCCAGUCUUUGCUGUCAAGUGAUUGGUUGGGCAAGUAGUCCUGGGGUUACUACCUUAAUGGCCAAAUGCCAUUGGUUCCCUUUGCUGGAGGGGUGGGUUGGGGUGGGGACUGCACAGGGCUGCCUCCCUGUCACUGCGGAAGGAGGCGUCCAGUGUCUUCUGCUUAUCAACCAUCUUUCUUGAAAUUUGGCAAUAAAUCUCAUUUUAUGGAACUUCUCUGCCCCAAGCCUGUAUGUUGGUAUGGGAGCGAGCACAGAGGCCGGCCCCCAGGGAGCAAGGGGCUUGUGGCAAUUGAUCAGGGCCACUAGCAGCUUCCAAACUCAGUUCUGUAAUGCUUUUAAACACUUAAAUAUGUACUUUUUAAAAAGUCAAUCUCAACUGGGCGGUGGUGGCGCACACCUUUAAUCCCAACACUUGGGAGGCAGAGGCAGGCAGAUCUCUGAGUUCGAGACCAGUCUGAUCUACAAAGUGAGUUCUGGGAUAGCCAGAGCUGUUACACAGAGAAACCCUGUCUUGAAAAAACCAAGAGAGAUAGAUAGGUAGAUAGAUAGUUUAAAUAAAUAAGUCAAGUCAAACCUAUUCUGUGUUUUGGAACAUACAGUGAUAAACCACAGCAGACUUAAAAUCAGUAUAAUAGUUUUGUUAUUUCUUUCUUUGAAGAAAUAACAGGAUCUCACUUUGUAGCCUUGGCUAUCCCAGAACUCACUAUAUAGACCAGGCUGGCCUCAAACUCGCAGAGAUCUUUGUACCUCUGUCUCCCGGGUUCUAGAAUCAAAGGCGUGUGCCAUUACAUCAGUUCUUAAUUUCACUUCUUUUUUUAGACAAAGUUCUAUGCAGCCUUAGCUGGUCACAAAUCACAACAGUCCUUCUACCUCCGCCCCCAGAGUGGUAGAGUUACAUGUCUGUGCCGUGUGCCUGGCCUGUGCCGCCCUGCCUGGCCUGUGCCAUAAUAUCUCUUUUUAGUUUCCCUUAAUUUGCAGUAUUUCCUCAGCAUGUCUUUCUUUUUCAUAAACAAUGACUUUUUGUUGUUUUUAAAGAUUUAUUUGUUUUACUUGCGUGUGUGUCUGUGGGAGGGCGUCAGAUCCUUUAGAACUGGAGUGACAGGCAGUUGUGAGCAGCCCUGUGGGUCCUGGGAAUUGAACCAGGGCCCUCUGGAAGAGCAGUUAGUGCUCUUUACCACUGAGCCAUCUCUCCAGCCUGUUUUCUUUUCUUUUUAUUUCAAGUACCCUCUGCUGUCCUUAAUCUUGUUAUGAAAUGAGAAUGACUUAGAACUCUUGAUUCUCCUGCCUCCGACCUGCUGUGUGCUGGGAUUGCAGGCAGAUAUCCCACCUCCACCUAAUAAUUCCCAACCCUUUCUGGGUGUUGUCUUAUUGUAUGUAUGUGUGUGCUCCCUCACCCCUAGACAGGGUUUCUGUUUGGCCCUGGUUGUCCUGUAACUCUGAGAUCCACUGGUCUUUGCCUCCUGAG